GCUGACAACAUGUGCAGGAUAACGGCCAACCACGUUUCCUCCUGUUCCUGUAGCCAAGACGUUGCCAAGUUGCCAAGGGAAUGUGUAGAAUGUUCGGAGCAGUGAGAGAUCGGCCUGGCGGCACGCGGAGACACCGAGUGGGGCGUGUAUCUAAGCCGGAAACAAGGGGAUGCUCCAUACAAUUGAUUGAUAUGCUCCAAGGUCCAGGAACCGGGCCGAUACAACCCCUCGGUUGGAGGAUAAAUAGGGCCUUCAUCCCCCUAAGCAGAAAGAUCGUCGUUGUGUGUGUGUGUGUGCUUUUCUCUGCCUGGAUAGUUGGUCUAAACUACUCAAUUGCUAUAGCCAGAUCUACACCAUGCAUCUUACCUCUCUCAUUGUCACGGCUGGCGUGGUGGCUGCGGCACCCUCGUUUAAUCGUCGCGGCGCUCCCUCCCAUAAGCCCAAUGUCACCAACAUCCAGGUCGGUCCUCGUCCGUACUUCCUCGUCGAUGCAAUGGAAGACGGUCCCUUGAAGAGCAAACUGGAAUCCUGUGCGGAGAAGCCCAUCCGUCAUGCUCCUCAAUUUUCGAUCUCCCACCGUGGAGGCCCGUUGCAAAUCCCCGAGCACAGCCGUCAAGGUAUGAUGGCCGCUGCUCGUAUGGGUGCUGGCAUCGUCGAAUGCGAUGUCGCCUUCACCAGUGACCGACAGCUGGUGUGCCGUCACUCCCAGUGCGAUUUGCACACAACCACCAACAUCCUGACCAUCCCGGAGCUGGCGGCCAAGUGCACUGUCCCCUUCCAGCCCGCGACGGACACUACCCCAGCCAAGGCCAAGUGCUGCACCGCGGACAUCACACUGGCUGAUUUCAAGUCUCUCUGCGCCAAGAUGGAUUCCAGUAACUCGUCGGCGACGACCCCAGAGGAGUACCAGUAUGGAGGACCGGCCUGGCGCACGGAGCUCUAUGACACCUGUGCCACUCCCAUGGCACACCACGAGUACAUCGACCUGAUCGAGUCCCUGGGCCUGCAGUUCUCACCCGAGCUCAAGACCCCUGAGGUGCCCAUGCCCUUCCAGGGUAACUACACCCAGGAGAUGUACGCCCAGCAGCUCAUCGACGACUACAAGCGUGCUCACAUCAACCCCUCUCGCGUGUGGCCCCAGUCCUUCCUCGAUAAGGAUAUUUUCUAUUGGCUCCAGCAUGAGCCUGCCUUCGGCAAGCAAGCCAUCUACCUCGACGAGCGUAUGGACACCGACGUGGGAUACGAAGCGGCAGUCGCCAGCCUUCCCGAGCUCGCCAAGAAGGGUGUGAAGAUCAUGGCUCCUCCGAUCUCCGCACUCCUGAAUGCCACUGAAGGCGGCGAGAUCGUGCCCUCCGAGUAUGCCGUCACUGCCAAGAAGGCCGGGCUCGACAUCAUCACCUGGUCCCUGGAGCGGUUCCCUCCCUUGGCGCAAGCUGCCGCCGAAGACAAUUACUUCGUCAAGUCAUUUGCGUCGACCAUCAAGGGAGACGGUGACAUGUAUCGCAUUGUCGACGCCUUGGCACAGAAGGUUGGCGUCCGCGGUAUCUUCUCGGAUUGGCCUGCGACAGUUACCUAUUAUGCCAGCUGCAUGGGAUUGAACUGAGUCUGCUGUCUUAAUCCUUGACAAAAGCCGUCUGAUUUACGAUGUUACCACAACCGUGUACGAUUAAUGUAUAGAUCAUGAGAUAUGGGAAUAGCUCACCUGUUAUACGAAAUGUACAGUUACUAAACCUAUC